GAGGGCCAGCUGGCGGCGUUUCUGCCCGCGCUCGUGGGCGUGCCCCUCGCCGAGGAGGCCGUCGGCCUCCUGCUCGCAGAUUGCGCCCGCAGGCAGGACGCCGGCCUCUCGCGCGAGGUGGAGAAGCUCGCUCGCGCCCAGGGCUCCGCCGGGCUCUCGGACGCCAACUACGCGCUGCUGGUGCGCGCGGUGGCAAGCGACCCGGGCAGGGUGCGCGAGCUGUUCGAGGAGGUGGCCGCAUCGCGCUCCACGCUGCCGCAGGACCUGGCGCUGGCGCUCCUCGCCGCCUGCGGGCGGACCGGGAACACGUCCCUCGCCGCGCGCAUGGCGGACCGGCUGCAGCCCGACGCGCCCCAGCUGCUGGGCGCGUUCGUCCGCCUGUUCGCCGAGGCGGAGGAGAGCGAGCGGGCCUGCGACGUCUACGAGCGGGCGCUCGCGAAGCGAGGCGGCCAGGCCGGAGCCCUCCAGCUCGACUCCCGCACCGAGAAGGUGCUGAUGAACGCGGCCAUCCGCUGCGGACGCAGCGAGCUGGCGAAAGCGUUCAUGGACGCUGCGCCGUGCGACAUCUCCCGCCACAUCACCAUGAUCCGCAAUUGCGCCUCGGAGGGGAAGCUCCAGGCAAGCUGA